AUUUAUUUCCACUGAGAUUCUGCAAGCAACCCCAGACAUCGACAACAUUCAACGACAACAGUAACUGCGGUAUUACCGCACCCUUCUAUGUAAUGAUGUCCUGCUCUAUAUCAGUAUCGUUAUCCUCCUUUCCCAGAAGAUCCAACUCCGAUUCUUGAAGCAGAUAAAGAAAAACGAAGGCACUGGUCAUCUGGAAAUGGAAGAAGUGGCCCAAUCGACCAAAACGAUUUUCGUAUUAGCUGGACAGAGCAAUAUGUCCGGUCGCGGCGGCGUCAUCAAAGACUCCCACAACAACCAGAAGCUUUGGGACAGGGUGGUACCUCUAGAAUGCCAACCUCACCCCAACAUCCUCCGUUUAUCAGCCAAACUCAAAUGGGAACCGGCAAGUGAACAAAUCCACGCUGAUAUUGAUACAAAAAAGGCUUGUGGGGUGGGGCCAGGCAUGUCGUUCGCCAACGCUGUGAGGGAGCGGAUCACCGGGGUUGUGGGUUUGGUGCCGUGUGCGGUGGGUGGCACGGCGAUUAAAGAGUGGGCACGAGGAGAGGAAUUGUAUGAGAAUAUGGUGAAGAGAGCGAAGGAGAGUGUGAAAGAUGGUGGAGAGAUUAAGGGUUUAUUGUGGUUCCAAGGAGAGAGUGACACAUCCACCCAGAUUGAAGCUGACGCGUACCAGGAGAACAUGGAGAAGCUGAUUGAGAAUGUUAGAGAGGAUCUCGGCUUGCCUUCCCUUCCUAUCAUCCAGGUAGCAAUCGCAUCAGGAUUGGAUGAUAACUACAUGGAAAAAGUAAGAGAAGCACAGCUAAACAUCAAUCUGCCAAAUGUGGUAUGUGUGGAUGCCAAGGGAUUGGAUCUCAAGGAGGAUCAUCUUCACCUAACAACCGAAUCUCAGGUCAAGCUGGGCAACAUGUUGGCUGAUGCCUACCUCAAACAUUUUUCAGCAUCUCAGUAACCUUGUGUUCUUCACGUGCUUGCUUUCCUUGCUUUAAGAAACUAGGCGAAUCAAUUCCCAGUGUGUUGGGUUGUGUUCAUGCUGUCUGAAGUUAUGCCUAUGGGAUCAGUGUGUUCCCUUUCAUUUGUCUACGACUGAUUUUACAGUCGUAAUAAAUAAAUUAUAUUUCUUAGACUUA